AUGUCUUCUUCACGCCUAAACCUUGAAAAUUUUUCAAUUCCGUUGGAGGAGAUCAACCUUGCCACCCAGAACUUCAGUCCGCAAAGAUGUAUUGGAGGCGGUGGCUUUGGUUACGUCUACAGUGGACAACUCUCAAACCGCUGGCAAAAUCGCAUAGUUGCUAUCAAACGCCUAGCUACAGAUAGCCACCAGGGGGAGAGCGAGUUCCACACCGAGGUUGAGAUGAUUUCCUCAUUCGACCAUGAAAACAUCAUCUCUUUCAUUGGUUAUUGUGAUGAAGACAAUGAGAUGAUUAUCGUUUAUGAGUAUGCUAUCAACAGAAGCCUUGAUUAUCAUCUCCAAGACCGACAAAAGAUGCGUUGCAUAACAUGGACACAACGUCUGAAUAUUUGCAUAGGAGCAGCAAGAGGUAUUAAUUAUCUUCAUUCGGGUCGUGGGGAGCAUGACAGGGUAAUACACAGAGACGUCAAGAGUGCCAACAUUCUAUUAGAUCACAAUUGGGUUGCAAAAAUUUGUGAUUUUGGUUUAUCAAAAUCGGGUCCAAAAAAUCAGCCAAAUACCGAACUCUAUACACAGGUAGCUGGAACCCAGUAUUACUUAGAUCCCACUUACCAUGAAAGUGGCAUUCUACGUAAAGAAUCAGACAUAUACUCUUUUGGUGUUGUGAUGUUUGAAAUGCUGGGAGGGAUGCUGGUUUAUCGUAUAAGAAACAUUGGAGAUGAUAUGUCACAGUCUCUAAUAAAUUUAGUCCGACGUUACUAUGAAAAUGAAGCAGACAUGUUAAUCGAUCAUGAUAUUAAAAAUCAAAUUGACAGAAGCUCUUUUGACACCUUUAAACAAAUUGCUUAUCAAUGCCUUAGUUUUGAUCCAAUGGAACGGCCUGCCAUGAAAGAAGUCAUUAAAAGGCUUGAGGAUGCAUUGGAUAUUCAACUGCAGGGAGAUUUUGCUGAACUUAUUCAGUUUCUUAUGAAAGACUUCAGAUUCUGUCAUGGCAUACGUGUUGCAGCAUUUACAAUGUACAAAUGCCUCCUCUAUUGGAAAUGUUUUGAAAAUGAAAGAACCACGGUUUUUGAUCAAGUUAUCCAGAUAUUUCGCUCAGCAACUGAGGAUGAAGAUAAUAAUGAGCAGAUGGCAUAUUGGCUAUCAUUUACAUGUACUUUAUUAUUCUUAAUUGAAAAAAGUCUUGAACGUGGAGAUCCAACUCAUGGAAGAAUGACAACCGAAUCUUCUUUUUCCGUAUCUUCUUUUGAUUUUGCUGACACACAUGCUGAGGCUACAGUUAAGGUAGUGCAACAAGUUCAAGCCAAAUACCCUGCUUUGCUUUUCCGUCAGUUACUAAAAGCACUUGUAGAGAAAACAUAUCGCAUUAUUCGUGACAAUUUCAAGGAGGAGCUGAGACCAGUACUAGACUUAUGUAUUAAGGCUCCACCGACAUUUCUCAUAACAUCGGAUGAAUCCUUCCAGGAAGACUCAGAAUUCAAUCACUGGCAAGGCAUUGUUGAUCUUCUCAACAUUCUUUGUAGCACGAUAAAAGAACAUUUUGUGCCUUCAACAAUUGUUCAGAUGCUAUUUGCUCAAAUAUUCUCAUACAUCAAUGUGGAGCUCUUUAAUAGUCUUCUUGUACGACAGGAGUCCUCUUCAUUCAGAAGUGUGGAAUAUUUGAAAGCAGGGAUAGGAAAGUUGGAGCAAUGGUGUUGUGAGGCAACAGAGUAUGCAGAGCUAGUUUGGGAUGAACUUAAGCAUAUUAGACAGGCUAUUGAGUUUCUGGUUAGAAAUGAUAAGUGUGAUGUUUCAAAUGAUGACAUCAUAUACAUCACCAAUGGUCUAUACCCUAUUUUGAGCACCAUACAGUUGUCCAAUAUAUGCACUAUAUAUUGGGAUGGUAAGUAUGACACUCAUAGUGUACCCUCAGAUGUUAUUUCUAGUACCAUUCAGAUCAGUGACGAUAGCAACAACAAUAACAAUGCAUUAAAAGAAACUUUUAGCCUGCCGCCAUUUGUUUCUGACGUCUCUGCCUCAUUGCAACUAAAAGACUUUGCAACCAUUAAAUUUGAUGUAGAACUUGGAAACAAUCCAGCCUUUCAAUUUUUGUACAACUAAUGUAUGGCCAAAAUUUGUUAAGCUUUGCC